AUGGUUCACUUCUCACGUGUACAAUUAUUUUUGAAAGCAAAACGUCUUAAUAUACCAGUAUCAACAUGGCUCAAUCGGUUCGAAUCGUCAACAACAGUUGCGGAAAAGGCGCAUGAAGUGCCGAAAGAAACGUAUCCAAAUGAAAAACGAGUCUCAUUAACACCUACCGUUGUUGCUGCUUUGGUCAAGAAAGGUUUUACGCUUCAUGUUGAAGAAGACGCUGGAAUUGGUGCAAAAUUUCAUAAUGACGAUUACGUGAAUGCUGGUGCAAAAAUUGUUGGACGAAAUGUUGCUUAUCAAUCAAAUAUUUUACUUAAAGUUCGUCAACCAACAAACGAAGAUGCUCAAAUUUUACAAGAGAAAUCCACAUUAAUUAGUUUCAUUUAUCCCGCACAAAACAAAGCUAUUGUUGAUGAAUUAGCUAAACGACAAGCAACCAUAUUUGCAAUGGACUGUAUACCACGAAUUAGUCGAGCUCAAGUAUUUGAUGCUCUCAGUUCAAUGGCAAAUAUAGCCGGAUACAAAGCAGUUAUAGAAGCGGCAAAUCAUUUUGGAAGAUUUUUUACCGGUCAAAUUACAGCUGCAGGCAAAGUACCACCAGCCAAAAUUCUGGUUAUUGGAGGUGGAGUAGCGGGUCUCUCUGCAAUGGGUACAGCACGAAAUAUGGGAGCGGUAGUUCGUGGCUUUGACACACGCGCAUCGGUGAAAGAACAAAUUCAAUCGUUAGGUGCCGAAUUUCUGGAACUCCAUUUUAAGGAAGACGCAGAAGGUGGCGGUGGGUAUGCUAAGGAAAUGUCUCCUGAGUUUAUCGAAGCCGAAAUGGCACUGUUUGCGAAACAAGCAAAAGAAGUGGACAUUAUUAUCACAACAGCUCUAAUACCCGGCAAACCAGCUCCGAAACUUAUUACAAAAGAAAUGAUUGAAAGUAUGCGUCCUGGCUCUGUUGUAGUUGAUUUAGCAGCAGAAGCAGGAGGAAACAUUGAAACAACAAGACCUGGUGAAUUGUAUACAUAUAACGAUGUCGUUCAUAUUGGUUACACAGAUCUGCCAAGUCGUUUACCAACCCAAUCUAGUACAUUGUAUGCCAAUAACAUCUCUAAAUUUUUACUAUCAAUUGGAAGUCAAGAUCAUUUUUAUAUCGAUUUAAACGAUGAAGUUGUUCGAGGAUCAUUGAUACUUCGUGAAGGUGAAUUAAUGUGGCCCCCUCCGAAAGUGAUCGAAAACCCAUUAGCAGCCAAAACACUGAAAAAAGAAGCAGAAAAGGCUACGAAAGAAGCAGAAAAGGCGGCUGCAUUGGCUGCUAUUCCUCCGAAUUAUUUUGCCAAAUAUUUGAAAGAUUCAUUAUUAUACACAACUGGUCUAGCUGGACUUUUAGGUUUAGGCGUUAUCUCUCCAAAUCCACAAUUUGCAAAUAUGUGCACAACAUUUGCAUUGAGCGGUAUCGCUGGAUACCAUACAGUAUGGGGGGUGCAACCUGCUUUACAUAGUCCACUGAUGUCAGUAACAAAUGCGAUAAGUGGCAUCACUGCUGUUGGCGGUUUACUUUUGAUGGGUGGUGGUUUUUAUCCUCAAACAGUACCACAAUAUUUGGCGUGUACAGCUGCAUUUAUUUCAAGUAUUAAUAUUGGUGGAGGAUUUGUUAUUACACAACGCAUGUUGAAUAUGUUCAAAAGACCAACCGAUCCGCCGGAAUACAAUUAUCUUUAUAUGAUACCUGGUGCCGCUACUUUGGGAAUGUACGCAUGGGCAAACCAACAAGGCUAUCAUGAUAUCACUCACUUAGCCUAUUUGGCGGCCAGUUUAUGUUGUGUGGGUGCUCUUGGAGGAUUGUCAAAUCAAUCAACAGCAAGAUUAGGAAAUAAUCUGGCUAUGAUAGGAGUAGCAACAGGUUUGACAGCAACGCUAGGAUCAAUUGCAUUAGACGUACCAAUUCUAACACAAAUCGGAGCGGCAAUGACAUUAGGAGGUGGACUUGGUUCAGUUAUAGCUCGCCGUAUCGCUAUAACAGAUCUUCCUCAAUUAGUUGCUGCAUUUCAUAGUCUUGUUGGUGCUGCAGGUGAACAUUUCGCCACGGAUCCAGCUAGUUCCGUAAUUAAAACAGCUUUAUUUCUCGGAACCUAUAUCGGUGGAGUUACCUUCAGUGGAUCACUUAUUGCCUAUGCAAAAUUACAAGGCCUCAUGUCUGGUUCACCAAUUUUAUUACCCGGACGUCAUGCACUGAAUAGCGCUUUAGUAGCUGCCAACAUUGGAGCUCUUGCAUAUUAUAUGAUGAGUACAGAUACAAUGGUCGGACUCAGUAUGCUAGGAAUUACAACCGCAUUGUCAACGACUAUGGGAUUAACAUUAACUGUAGCCAUUGGAGGUGCUGAUAUGCCAGUAGUUAUUACUGUUUUGAACAGUUAUUCAGGAUGGGCACUUUGUGCAGAAGGAUUUAUGCUUAAUAAUUCAUUGAUGACGAUUGUUGGAGCGUUAAUAGGUUCAAGUGGUGCCAUAUUGUCUUAUAUUAUGUGUAAAGCAAUGAAUCGAUCUUUACCCAAUGUCAUCCUAGGUGGCUAUGGUACGGAUUCUACUAAAGGAGGAAAACCAAUAGCUAUAACGGGAACACACACAGAGAUAAAUGUCGAUCAAACUGUUGAUUUAAUUAAAGAAGCACAGAGUAUUAUUAUAACUCCAGGUUAUGGUUUAUGCGUGGCAAAAGCGCAAUAUCCUAUCGCGGAAAUGGUUGAAAUGUUACGAAAACGAGGAAAAAACGUUCGAUUUGGAAUUCAUCCUGUUGCUGGAAGAAUGCCAGGACAGUUGAAUGUGUUGCUGGCUGAAGCCGGUGUAAACUAUGAUAUCGUACAAGAAAUGGAAGAAAUUAAUCAUGAUUUUAGUAAUACAGAUCUUGUUCUUGUCAUUGGUGCAAAUGAUACGGUCAAUAGUGCAGCUGAAGAAGAUCCAAAUAGUAUAAUUGCUGGUAUGCCAGUUCUACGAGUCUGGCUAGCUAAUCAAGUCAUCGUAAUGAAACGUUCUCUUGGCGUUGGUUAUGCUGCUGUAGACAAUCCGAUAUUCUUUAAACCCAACACAUCAAUGUUAUUGGGCGAUGCGAAAAAGACUUGCGAUAAAUUAUUAGCAAAAUUAAAAUCUGAAUAUGAGGAAUCAGGCACAACAGCUGGAAAAUCUCAUUAA